AUGAAUCCUGAAACAUCGUCAUAUAUUAAUAAAGCACAACUUGACUAUGACGAGGUUCAUACUUUUUUCAAUCCCCCUUGUAAACUCCAUUUACAACUCGGUGAAUUUAUUUCACCUAAUCCAAAUAAUGUUGAUUCUAUAAACAUCCGAAAAUCUCCAAACUCUUUUUUCCUAUACCGCAAAAAUUAUAUUGCAAAGCAUAAAUCUCCUAGAAAUCAAAAAGAUGGGAAAGCUCUUUCAAAGAGAGCCAGUGUUUCCUGGAAGAAUGAAUCGGACAAAGUAAAAGGUUACUUUAAAGUAUUAGCAAAAGUAGCUUUACAAAAACAUAUAAUAGCUUAUGAAAAUAGAAAAAAUCAUAAUCAUAUUUUUAUUCCUCAACAACCAGGGCUACAACAAAAACAAAUAGAUGAUAAUAAUAAUGAUUCUGUAGUUUCUUCAUCACACUAUCCACAUUCUUUUGCUUUCCUUUCUACUUGUCAUUACACGAACGAUAAUACAACCUCGUCUUAUCAACAACUAGAACUGCAACAAAAACAAAAAGAUAAUCUUCAUAAUAACGAUUGUGCAGUUUCAUCAUCAUCUAAUCAAUAUUAUUAUAUUUCUUCUUACACAAAUGAUAAUAUAACCUCAGAACUGCAAAAAGAUAAUUUUCAUAAAAACAAUGAUACUGAUUGUGCACUUUCAUUAUCAUCUUGUCAAUAUUCUUCUAUUACUUCUUACAGAAGUUUUAAGACUCAACAAAAAAAUAAUCUUCAUCAAAAAAACAAUAACAAUUAUGCACUACAACAAAAAGAUAAUUUUUAUAAAAACAAUAAUAGCGAUGAUACAGUUUCAUCACCUUCACCUUAUUCACAUUCUCCCUCUUACUCUUCAUCAUGUUUUAUGGCCAAACAACUAGAACCACAACAAAAAUAUAACUUCUACUUUGUUCGAUUUUAA